GCUUUGCGAAGGUUGCUCGAGCAACCGUUCAAACAAAAAAUGGAUACGUCGGAGAAACUGUCAAGUGUCCCAAACGCUGCUGUGGACGAGGAAACGGAAGAAGAGGGAGGAGCAGAGACGGGGGUAACUCAGACCCAGACCAUCCCAGUGGACAUGUACUACAGUUAUGAGGAUCUAUGCUCUAGGCCAUUCAUUACACCCAAUUCCAACAUCCCCAGAGACCUGCUUCAGCUCACUCACUCAUUUGGAUAUGACUGUCACCGACGGAAUAACCUACAGCUGCUGGAUGAGCAGACUCUUGCUUUCAUUGCUGGGAAUUUGCUUGUCUUGCUGGAUAUUCAGAGUAAAGAGCAGCGGUACCUGCGCAGCUGCAGCGGGGGAGGAAUCGGCACCAUCAUGGCUCAUCCCAGUAAGAGCUACUUUGCUGUGGCAGAAAAGGGAUAUCAGCCCAAUAUCAUCAUCUAUGCAUUUCCUUCUCUGCGCCCCUACCGUAUCCUCAGAGGGGGAACAGUAACGGCCUACAGCUCUGUGGAUUUUAACCAUGAUGGCACGUUGCUGGCGAGUGUGGGCUGUGCAUCAGAUUUCAUGCUGACCCUGUGGGACUGGGUCCAGGAGCGGGUUCUGCUUCGCUACAAAGCCUUCUCCCAGGAUGUCUACCGAGUCACCUUCUCACCCUACAACCCUGGCCAGCUCACCACCUCUGGCUCAGGACACAUCAAAUUCUGGAAGAUGGCCAAAACUUUCACAGGGCUCAAGUUGCAAGGGCUGCUGGGACGGUUUGGGAAGACAGCCCUGACAGACAUCGAUGGCUAUGUGGAGCUUCCUGAUGGCAAGGUUGUGUCUGGCUCAGAGUGGGGGAACAUGCUGCUUUGGGAAGGGGGCCUAAUUAAGGUGGAGAUUUGCAGAAAGAGGGGACGUCAGUGCCAUGCCGGCUCCAUUCAGCAGUUUGCUCUGGAUGAGGGUGAGCUGAUCACUAUUGGCACAGAUGGCGCUGUCAGGACCUGGGAUGUGGAGUGCAUCGAUGCUGCAGAUUCUCCAGACGACAGUGGGCUCUUUGAGAUGGAGCCCAUGAACGAGCUUUUGAUUGGACGCACUGUCUGCCUGACCUCCAUGGUGAAGAGCUCUUUGCCGGACUCCUUCAUUUGGUUUGCUCAGGAUGCUAAUGGCUCCAUAUGGAAACUGGACCUCUCAUUCUCAAACAUGACCCAUGACCCAGAACGCCUGUUCACCUUCCAUGCUGGUGCCAUUCAGGCCAUGGACGUCUCCACGACUUCCCACCUCAUGGCGACUACAGCACUGGACCGCUCUGUCCGGAUUUUUGACUUCUUGGCAAAGAGGGAACUGACAACAAACCAGUACAGCCAAGGAGGAACAGCAUUGAUCUGGGCACCUCGCUCAAUUAAUCCUCGGGGGGCUGUGCUGGUGGUGGGGUUUGAGGAUGGGGUAGUGCGCCUUCUGGAGCUCUACCGAUCUGUCAGCCUCCAGGCUGUGCAAGGCCAGAGCCAGACCAAGGACGGAGAGCUCCGCCUAAGACAAGCCCUGAAGCCCCAUAAUGCACCUGUGACCGCCAUUGCAUACGAAUGCAACGGGGAGAUCCUAGCCACUGGGAGCGCAGACCACACUGUGUUCUUCUUCUCCGUGGGGGAUAAAUAUGAUCCUAUUGGCUUUGUCACUGUCCCAGGACCAGUGAAGUCUCUGGAGUGGUCUCCCAAAACACAUGAGAGGAAUACACUGCUGAUCCUGUGUCAUAAUGGCUACAUUAUUGAAGUUGAGGCCCCUGAAGCAGAGUCUCACACACCUGCUACCACCUUUGAGAUCCACGGACUGCGCACUCGAUACUUCCACUUUCACAGCAUCAAGUCUCGCAUUAAGCGUGAUAUAGAGGUUGCUCGGAGAAAGGAACUGAAAGAGAAGAGGAGGAAGGAGAAAGAGCAAAGGAAGGAUGACCCCACUGAGGAGGAGAAAGAAGAGGAGGGGCAAGAAGAGGAGGAGAAAGAUGAGCUACCCGCCCUCUACAUCCCAGAGUCCCCAAGCCCCCUGCUCUGUGCUUUCUACUCCCAACCUGGAGCCUUCUGGGUCUCCUUGGGCGGAUAUGAUGCUGGGUUUCUGUACCAUUGCCGGUUCUCAGAGCAACAGGAAGAGGACCCAGAGCUCAGACAAGAUGAGCCCUUUGCAUUUCUCCCUCUGCAGGAAACGGAAGAGAACCCUAUCUGCACCUUUAGCUUCAGCUCCAGCAGGAAGUUCUUUCUGUGCGGGAUGUGGUGUGGGCAGAUCAGGGUGUACCCCAUGCAGCCGCAAGACCCGAACAUGAUGUCCCUUGAUGCCUUCUGGGCCCUUAGUCUUCAUGACAACCAUAACGGACACCUGUGCAGCGUGCGCUGCAGCUACGACGAACUGUUUGUCCUGACGACGGGAGAGGAUGGCAACAUCUUCGUCUUUAGCCUGCUCUCCCAAGAGGAGCUGGCCGAAGCCCUGGAGCCCAGCCAAGCUAAAAUCCCCUCCCCCCCUUUUGGAAUCGAAAUGGAGAAAGUGGUACCAGACAUACUGGAUACCAGUGCUUACAGCAUUGAAACUGCAAAGCAGAGGACUGAGCUGGAUCGUAUGCGUCGUGAGGCGGAGCAGAGGAAGGAGGAGAGGCGGAGGAAGCUUGUGGAGCUGCAGAGCCAAUUUAAACAGCUACUACAGUGCAACCAGAGCCUGCCAGAGCAUAUCCGCUUACGGCAAACGGAGCUGGAGCUGGACCCUCGGUUUCGGGAAGAGGCAGAGCGACUGACUGCCCAGCAGAUUCGAGAGGUACAGAAAGAGCUGGCCUGGGAGGCAGAGCGGCACAGCAUCGGCCUGAAGAAGCUGCAGGAACGGUUCUGGGAGUCUCUGGAGUCAGAUAUAAUUACUGUGGUGGCCUGUCAAAGUGAACAUAAGAUAUCCACAUACCGGCUAUUGCCAUUGUCACAAAGAUUUCUGCAACUACAGAAAUUGGGCCAAUUAGGCAGGCCUCGGCAGUGCAAGAAGGAGCUCAGUAAGGAGAACGACAUGUCUUCAGGAGGGCAGGAUGGAAGUUUGGAUAGGGCUGAGAAACAGAGAGAUGAUGAGAUUUUUUCAGAGGGUGAAUCUCAAAAGCCUGUGGGGGUGGCUGAGGGGAUGGGAGCCCACGUGGCAGACAGGCUCCAGAAAGCUGCAGAGAAGGCAGAAAGAAUGAAAGCCAAGAUCGAAAGACGGAGACAGGAGUGGGUGGAACUCUUUUCUUCAAAGCCAAAUGAGAACUAUGAGGACCCUGAAGAUGUGCGAGCCCUGCAGCUGGCUAUAGAGAACAUGGGUGAUUUUAAACUGAAGACAGCCAAGGACUUCACUGUCCCAGAGCAGCUAAGAAUGAACACAGAGAGAAAGAAAUUACAGCUGGUCGCCCUGGAAGAGGAGAUUCAUGAGAGAAAGCUGAAGAUGAAUGUGCGAAUCAUGACGUUGCGGGAUGAGAAGAUGCAGCUGAUCUCCCAGCUGGGACUGUGGAUGGAGCAGCUUUUGGCAGUGCAGGCCCAGCUUACUCCGGAUAUGCGCUGCCAGUGCCCCACUCUGCCUACUCUGCAGCCAGAGGAAAUCCCUGAGAGGAGGCUGCAGUACACACGCAGUACCCUGCAGCGUUUCGCUGCCCUUUGUGCACAGUGGAACCAGCAGAGGGGUGCAAUAGAGCGUGGUCCAGAGGAGCCCAGUCUGCUCAGCUUGAUGCAGGAGGACAGCGAUGAUCCCAUCCUACCAAGCCGAGCGCUGCAGGGCAGCCCGGCACCACCAGAGCCGAAGCCCUGUGAGCUCACAGAGCUUGAGGAAGAGAUGAAACAAGUGCAGAUCAUCAGAUUCCUCUACCAGCAGGAUGAGCUGCUGUCAAAGAUGGGGGAAGCUAUGUGCCGCUUUGAUGCAGAGCUGCAGAUCCUGCGUCAUGAGAAGGAGGCAUUAGAUGUGCAGAUGAAGCUGGCUGACCUGCGCCACAUCACCCUGUUUCAGGAGCUCUUGCUUCUCAAGGACUUUGAGAAGAGAGAAAAUUUACUGCAGGAGAGGCUGAACGCUCGCAUGCAGGAGGAGAGUCAGAUCCUGGCUAAGUGGGAGGACAGUAGGAAGCAGCUGGAGUUCAAACAGCAGAGCAUGGUGAAGCUCCAGCAGAGGGAGAAGGCACUUCACACAUCCUUCCAGACUUCACUAGGAGACAACAACAAAUUUGCAGACUUCCUCACCAAGGUCUUCAAGAAGAAGGUGAAACGCACGAAGAAGUCGGAGAAGGCUGGAAAUGAAGAGGAGCAGGAGGACAGUGAUGAAGACUCUGACGAGGAGUCUGACUGGGAUGAAAUGGAAAGUGAUGAAGAGUCUGAGAGUGGCGGUCCGCUGGAUGACAGCGUUUGCCCGCCUUUCUGUGACCCAGAGCUGUUUGAGAACACUCUGCAGUUGCGAACGCGGAAGUUGGACCUAGAGGAGCUGAUUGCGGAGGAGAAGAAGAGCUGUGAUGCCCUGAGGAAAGAAUGUGAUGCACUAGCCAAGAAGGAGAAAAUUGUGCAAAGCAGCCUGAAGGCAGCAGAGGGCGACCUUGAACUGUUUGAUCGUGAGAAACAACAGAAACUGAAUGAGCUGGAUGUGGUUGUUCCUCUCAGACUACACCAGGUUGAGUUCCUGAACAAUGGAGUGUUGCCCAGUGAUCUGUCGGAUUCCCUGGUCUUGAAUACUAAGACUCUGCUGAGUCUGCAGGACCGGAUCCGGCAGCUACUUGUGGAGAAGAAUGACCAGGGGGAGCUCUACCGGCAGGCCAAACACCGCCACUACCAGCUCAUCCAUGACCGCAAAGACAUGGAGACGAGGAUCCAAGAACUAGAGGAGCGUUGCGAGGCUAUGAUGAUGGCUAAGUUUGGGCGACUGGUGGACUUGGAGGCACUGCAGACUCUCUCUGGCAACAGAGUUGUGGAGGAACUGAAGCACGACAGCAGAAUUAAGGAUGUCCAACACACACAUGAGCUCAAACAUUGGAAGGUGAAGCUGACUGAGGCAAAGCAGACACUGAUGGAGGUGAGCAGACAGCACACUGAGCGUGUCUGCACCCUUACCUGCUUACUGAAAGAGAAGAAGAACCUGGAAGAUCAACUGGACACCAGGCAGAGGAAGAUGGGCGCUCAGUUCAGGGACCACCGGCGUGAGGAGGAUGAGAGACUCAGGUUGCAGAAGGCAGUUGCCUCUCAGGCUGAAGAGAUAGAAACUCUGAGGCGGGAGAUCACCAUGCUGUCCCACAAGGGAGGGCAUGUCCUGCCCCCGACACAGUGCCUCCCUUCCACCUACAGCAAUGAUAGGCCUCACCCACCCCUCCGAUCUGGAGGAGCACCAGGCUCUCUGCACAGCAGCCGAAAGGGCCUGGACUAGUCCCAUCAGUAAAGCCACUCCUCUUUCUUUUGCUGUCUGUUUGUGUCGGUCACUGUCUCUUUCUUGCUGUCUGUUAUUCUCUUUCACUCUCUGUCUCGUGUGCUCUCCCCCUCUCUCAUUCAGUCUUUUUCUCAGUUUCUUUCUUUUCCUGGUUCUACCUAUUAUUUAAAUGCAGUAUUGACUUCGAUUUAAUACACCAGAAUUAAAACUACCUUGAGUAGAA